UACCAUAAAUAAUACAAAAAUACGUACAGAUUGAUUUCAAUUCCAUUUGGACGCGUUUGUGUGAUAACGUCGAAUUUUACGUGUUUCCGGUUGGAAAAUAAAACGGUUUGCACAUUCACGGAGUUGUUUCAAAACAAAAUUCAAGCGUGCGGUUGUGUUUUGUGUUUCGACGGAUGUGUUCUUGUUUGUCGCCACAAAGGCCACAUUCAGCGGUUUCACGGUAGUGCUGUAGCAACCCGAGGAGUUCCGACCUUGUGCAGUUUUCCAAUUGGUUUGGUGUUCUUAUUGGCACUAGCAACCGUGUGCAGUGAGAAUUGUGAGUUUGCAAAUUGCACAAUAAUAAAUAGAGGAUUGAGCAUUUCGUGCGUGCCUAUUUCCGUGCAGUUGGUGUGAUAAACCGGCAGCCAGGCCUGGUGAUCGCGGUGCCAAGCAGUACGUACGCAACAGGGCAAAAGGAAGGAGUUGUGUAAUUUCCGUGACCCCGUGGCGUGUGCGCGUUCCGUUGUUUGGUUGUUUGCCUCCCUCCCUAGACGUCAAAGCCAUCUGACAGUUCGCGGCUGGCGUUUGACAUUGUUUUGAUCGUCUGUGCGUAAGGUUUCGGAAAACAGUUUCCUUUUUGUUCUUCUCGCAACAGCCGAAGAAGGCGCAAUGCCCCAAUCCGACGGAGGGUACGUUUCGCUUGGCGGCGGCGGUGGUGGUGGUGGUGCCGGUGGUCCCAACUCGAUCUACAACUCGACCACCGAGCCGCAGUCCGGCUCGAAGUCGGUCAUGGAAACGGUAAAGCGCGUCAUCGGGACGGCCAUCGGGGCCCAGGACAGGCACGUCCUGUUGGAGCGCGGCUCCGCGGCCGACGGACCCCAGCCGUACAUAGUCAGUGCCAGUACUAAUUUCAGGGAUCGCGACAAAACCGGCAAAUCAGCGAACGCCAGAAUGCCAUCCGCACCAGCGCACACUGCCGAGGAAGCUCGUCUGCUUGGAGCGAUGCCAGUGGACCCGAUGGAUGACAUUGAGUUGCGCUCCGUGCAGCUACAGUACCCGAACCAGCGGGGCUCGAUAGUGGGUUCGUGCGAUCUGCGUCGUGUGCCGACGGACAAGGGAGACAUUCUGGUGGCCGUGCAGGGUGACACAACGAAGCCGGCGAUUGUGACGUACCACGAUCUGGGAUUGAACUAUGCAUCGAGCUUUGCCGGGUUCUUCAACUUUCCCACGAUGCGCUCGCUGCUGGACAACUUCUGCGUCUACCACGUGAACGCCCCCGGCCAGGAAGAGGGAGCCCCAACGUUCCCGGAAGACUACGUCUAUCCGACGUUCGACGAGCUGGGGUCGCAACUGCUGUUUGUGAUGACGCACUUUAAUUUGAAGUCCAUCAUCGGGUUCGGUGUCGGAGCCGGAGCCAACAUUCUGGCUCGGUUUGCCUUCGUCAAUCCGGAUAAGGUUGGUGCACUCUGUCUUAUCAACUGCAGCUCCACAGCAGCCGGUUGGAUCGAAUGGGGCUACCAGUUGCUGAAUACGCGUAAUCUGCGCACCAAGGGCAUGACCCAGGGCGUGCUGGACUACCUGAUGUGGCAUCACUUCGGUCGGAAUCCAGAGGAGCGUAAUCUGGAUUUGGUGCAGUUGUAUAAAAGCAACUUUGAACGUUCGAUAAAUCCGGUUAACUUGGCCAUGUUGAUUGAUGCGUACAUCAAGCGCACCGAUUUGAACAUUGCCCGCAUACCUGCCGGAUCGCCACAGACAGCUACCCCAUCGCUGAAGAUGCCCGUGCUAAACAUUACUGGUGCGCUUUCGCCCCACAUCGAUGACACGGUGACGUUCAACGGUAGACUAACCCCCGAGAAGACUAAUUGGAUGAAGAUUUCCGAUUGCGGCCUGGUACUGGAGGAACAACCCGGCAAGCUGGCCGAAGCGUUCCGACUUUUCCUCCAGGGAGAAGGCUACGCUGUCGGAGCUUUGCAAAAGAUAGGCAAACUGUCUCGCGCGGGCACAGUAGAAAGUUUGUCCCCCUAGAAAGCCGCCGAUUCCCGAUCCCGUUCUCGGUCUUCCUCAAGAGGGAUCUUGCUUGUAGGAGAGUUUACUGCAUUUCCUGGCAUCCAUAAUUGCAGGCCUUUCCUGUCACAUGUAGGAUGCGGUUUCCCGCACUCGCGACAUCCUCUAAUAUUGUAUUGCAAAAAUCGUAUUAACCAACUGCGCUGCAGAGAAGUAUUUAACACAAAAAAUCUAAACACGUUUUAGAUUAAUAUAAGCGGGUUUCGAGUUGGUUAAAUGAUUCUGCAAUAUUUAUGCAACACGCAUAGAUUCAUGCUUUACGACCUAUUUUUCCAAAAUCAAUCAAACGAAAAGCCGCGCAUCGAACGUCGAGCAGUGAGUGAAACUUGUGGUAACGAUACAUUUAGGUGUCCACAACAAAGUCUACCUGCACAAAAUCGGUCUGCAUGAACCAAAGAUUGGCUUAAUUUUUCCGAAAGUAAGAUGAUCUUAUAAAAAUCCCUAAGUUUUUAAAAUAAUAUCGAUUUGAAUUAAAUGAAAUGAUUGAACGGUUAGUGAAGAACGUUCCCUAGUUCGGACAACUUUUAUACGAUCAGCGGGGUAGAUUGUGGAACUGUAUCGAUUCUGCUACUGCGGGUGCCAUUGUCUGACCGAACAAUUAGGAUAGCUUAGUUAAUGAUUUGAAAUGCCAUUUUCAAAGUGUGGAAAUAAUUGCGAAACAAUUAUUAUCGAGUUCGGAAAACGAGUUUACACGCACUCACUCACUCGGUUGCAGUGAGAAGCAGUGAAGUAGUACUAGGCUACGCCUCAUCACGCUGGUCUUCCACCGAGCAGGUUGUGCCACUGAAAUGCACAAAACACAAGCAGGACGGGUAUUGCGGGUAAAUCAAUUUCAUUUACACUAAAUAAAAAAUUCCUGAAGAAAAUGUAGCAAUUCAUAGGCCAUUUCAUUCGAGUAAAAAUAAUGUUUUAACACACUACGUAGAAAAUCAAUGCUAUUGCUUAUCUUUUUGGUAAAUUGCUAGUGCAGGGCAAUGCUUCUGCACGUCGAACAAACAUCGUUUUUGCUUAAUGUAAAAAUAACAGCCCGUAGAGUUAGUGAAAUUCCACUCCCUGCGUUAUCUGAGCAGAUCCAUAAGUUCGACUGCGAAGCGAGCUAAACCGUUCGUGGAAUGUGUAUUUUCUUUUCACAGUCUCGAAGAAAAUUGCAUCCCCCACUAAAGCAAAGGCACCGGCCGGUGUCUAAACUCUGUAUCCUGAGCUUUACGCUUUAUGAGCCGUCGAUCGCUAUACUGCGCUUUUCGUCUUUGGUUAUUUGCGUUCGAAUAAUUUCCUUGCUUGUUGCUACGGGGCACCGCGAUGCGGUGCGCAACGCUCCGAUUUUCUACGUUUAUCUUUUAUCGAAUCAUCUACCUUUUUCUUGUAUCGAGAAUUAUUUUAUUAUGUUAUUGUAAGUUUCUUUGCGUGGCCGCCUUCAGUUCGCAUGAUUUUUAAAACAUUGACGGCACCAAUGCGCUUUGUGUUUUUCGUAGUUUUAUUUUGUAUUUUAUGUUAUGUCAAAAAUUGUAUAUUGUAAUUUGAUAUGGAAUAAAUUGUUAAA